UCCCUGUCAUAAUAUUCUAGGAGGGAGCGAUAUCGAGGAAAACAACCGAUUGUGAGAUGGAGAGCGAGUGAGUGAGCGAGAGGGGCAACCGCCCCUCGUCUUUUGUUCUUACCCACUGUACUCUCGAACCGGAAAAUCCGCGCUGUUAUCCUCUCUCGCGUAUGUUGGAUCCCCUGCUUAAUAUGGGCGCGCAGUUUACUAUAUACGUUAGUCAUCGGCGCGUUUUUCGCGCUGUUGUUCGUUUCUAUCAGUCCGAAAGUGCUUUGAGGUUCGGGUGGACGCGAUCUAGCGUCAAGCAUAAAACGUUGCGUCCUAUCGUUUUCUUCCUGUAUAUAACGCCGUACACAACCACCGAGUCAUAUUUCGUCAGAUUUAUUUGACACAAUAUGGAAUCACAAUAUAUAAUGACGACCAAUAUGAACAUUGUUCAGAAGGAAAAUCUACGAACAAAUGCGACAGAUUGCAUUUGUUAUAGACCACAUUGUAACAUAAUUUGCAAUGGUUGUGGCUUCUGGACCAAGGGGAGAGUCAGAUACAUGUGUCCCCAGCAUCCUAAGAUCGUCUUCCUGCACGACCAUGCUCAGUGUCCACGUUGCAGAAGCUAUAGCUUCAUGCUGACCGAGAUCUGACCACAUAUUGAGUCGUACUACUCGUAGCUCACUUUCCUCACGAGACGGUGGAGUCUUGUAGUGGAGGUUUUAAGAACUAAUAUGAAGACUUCAAGCUCUAGGGAUUAAAAGUAUAGAGCAUCUGCAUUAUCACGAUCUGAUUAACAGUUACCGGCACUCGAUCACCAGAUGCUUUAUUUUCGUAACAUUAUUGUAUGUUUAGUAUAUAUUUUAUUUUUCAUUAAGUUAUGUAAUUUAAGAUUAAUUAAAAAACAUACCUGAUCGACAGAAAUUUGCGUAAAAGAUUGGACUGAUUAAAAGUUUCAGUUACAUAUAGUAUUUUAAUUUUAAUAGCGUAGAAUAGAAAGCUUUCAUUUUAAAGCACUAAAGUGCCAAGAAAUUAAGAUGGAUUAAAAGAGUCAAAUUAAUUUAUUUUUUCAAGAUAUAGAUUAAGUAUUUGGACUUAAAUAUUAAGACUGGAACUUAACGGCGGAUCAGAUAAUUUUUUUUCGUAAAUUAUACUGUUCAGAUAAUAAAUAAAUUUCUUUUUCAAAAAUAUGCUUUUGCUAACAAUUAUGUGUUCGAUUAAUUAUUCAAAAACUGUUAGGAAAGAUUCAAGAAUAAAUAACAGUUCUUUUUGCCCUCCACAGUUGUAUUUGGUGACCUAGAUUACAAUGAAAAUAUCUGGAUAUAACAUUGACAUACGAGAUAGUUCUCAAUAAAUUGCUUAAGUUUAGCUAUUUAAGAUACACAUAGUACUGUAUACAUAUGUAGAUGACACGAUGCAGCAUGAUUUCGUAAUAUUCGAUUCAGUCACUAACAAUUAACAUUUAAUAUUCGCAUCAUUUUGCAUAUCUUGUUUAUAGUUCUCUUUAAUUUAUACACGUAGAAUAUAUAUAUGAUAUAUAAUAACGCACUGACUAUAUAUGUAUAUAUAUAUAUAUAA